ACAAUCGCGUCUGCCUCAUCAGCGACGAGACAUGCGUCCUCCAGUGCUGUGUCUCUUGUCUUGCAUUGGCCUUGCGCUCGCCCAGCAAUAUCCCGUGACCACGCCGGUGCCCAUUUUAAAGCAGAUAAAUAAACACAACGAAGACGGUAGCUACAGUUACGGAUACGAGGCUGCGGAUGGUUCUUACAAGAUCGAGUCCAAAUAUCCGACUGGAGAAGUGUACGGGAAAUACGGAUUCGUCGACGACACUGGAAAUAUUCGAGAAGUGGAAUAUGGAGCUUCGAGGCGAGGAUUCGAACCCCAAGGUCCCGGUAUAAACGUUCCACCACCGACCCUGACUGGUAACAGUAUCGCGAAUCCUAACCAACCCGAGGACGACGGCCAAUACAGAGAAGAUCCGUCCGUUUACUACACGGAUCCUCGUUUCACGAAUGGAGAACGAUACGAACCUCGUCGACCUUUGGUCAACAACCAACCGCGACCGAUUCCUGCACCGAUCUACAACCCACCAAGAUAUCCGACGCAAGUGCAAUACCAGCCGAAGGCCCAAUAUCAACCGCAGUAUCAACCGCAGUACCGAUCGCAGUAUCAACCGCAGUAUCAGGAGCAGCAACAGCGAGCCGCGUAUCCCGCGGCGCCGAUCCAAAGCGGAAUUCAAGGUCGUCCAGCGCCCAACGUAGACCCAAACGCCGGGGUAGCCUCUUACACGGUUAAUUAUAGACGAUAGGGAUCGAUCGUGUCAACCUUAAAUGUGUAAAUAUUGCGUUAUUUAUACCGAUUUCCGGAACGAGUUGCACCGAUCGAGAGUUUAGGGCCAGUUUGUUUUCUCGAAUAUUCGAAUCUCUGAUUUGAUAUUUAUAUUUACAUUGUGUAAAGUUAUGUUUCGAAUUCGAAUAUUGUAGGCCCUGUUUUUCUGUUUUUAUUAUUAUUAUAAAUUGUUAUUUUUUUCGUUUCUUGAUUUUGAGGGCGUUCGAACGUUCUUUGAGCCGAACAAAGAUAUUUUUAUGGCGAUAAAUUAUAAUGUCGUAGGCUCUGUUUUUCCUUCCCUUUUUUCAUUAUUAUAAUGAGUAAAUUGUUAUUUUUCGUUUCUUGAUUUUAAGAGCGUUAACAUCAUUUGAGCAAGCGUUAACAGAGCAAAGAUAUUUUUAUGGCGAUAAAUUAUAAUAUUGUAUCGAUUCACGAAACAUUGUAAUAUUCUUUUCUUAUGAUUUGAUAUUUAAGUUUCGUGUAUUUAUGAAAAAUGUUAAAAGUUGUUUCUUAUUAUAGUUUGAACUGAUACUUCGAUAGAUUCUCGUGUUAAUGGAAUUGAAGAGCACGAAUAUUCGACAAUAAUUUAGGGAACUAAUAGUAUCUUUUCAAGAUGAAUACUUUGCUAUUUGAUUAUUCUAUACAAUUCUUGCUAUUUCUCACAUUUCGAACACUUAAUAGUACUCCAACGUGGCAUGUUCAUUUCUUAGUAGUUCCUUUAAGAAAAACCUCUACCUCUUUCUUACUUUUCUACCUCUUUUAUAUAUAUAUAUCUGUUCUUUUUAUUUGCACCUCGUGUAGUUAUCUCUUACUCACUGAUUUAUAAUUUUCUUCUAAAUGUUAUUUCUUUUAUCGAUAUCUGCACCUCCUAUAUAACGCUUUCGAGACAACUCUGAAGAGACAUUUCUCAAAUCAUCGUUAUAUCGAUAAAAAAAAAUAUAUAUAUAAAAUUUA